AUUGCAUGUCUCCGUGACUCCAUUUAUGGCUGCCGUGCGGGGGAAAAAAACCGCAGGCGCAGGGAUGGCAUCUUUUCCUGCUGCUGUCGAUGCUGUGGCACAGGAGGCCCCGCAGUCCCUGGCCAUGGAAGCCAACGGCACAAAGCUGAGCUAUGCAGAGCUGGCGUCAAGGUCGCGGCAGGCAGCACGAGGCUUGCUGGAGCUGGGCGUGCAGAGGUGCCAGCGGCCUGUGCUGACGAGCAUGCAACGAGGAUGCGACUGGUAUAUCGUGUAUGUUGCUGCAUCACGCCUUGGAGCACCCCUCGCUGCCUUGGCCCGUGAGCCCCAUGUGGCGAGUGGGAGUGCUGUGCGAUGCAAGCAAUUCCUGCAGCUGCGGCCACAGCUGGCGGUGGUGGACCACGCGGAUUUACAGAUUGAGGACGUUCCCUCGUACCGCCUGGGUGAUUUGAUGAGGGAGAGCAGUCAGGAGAUCCCCGAGGUAUGUCCUGACGAUGUGCUUUGCUACUGCUUCACCGGGGGCACCACGGGGCGCCAGCGCCUGGUGCCCUGCGCGCAGGCGAUGGCGCUGCACGAGCUGCGGCGCUACCCGGCAGCCCUCCACUGGGAAGGUGGAUGCAGCACGCAGGCUCGGGUUUUGCAGCCAUCCUCACUGCAAUGGGCAGCUGCAGUUUUUGGACAGCUUGACGUGGCCCUUGCCUUGCGAGGCUGCGCGGUGGUCUCCGAGGACCUGGAUGUCAAGGACUUAGCGGCCACCGUGCGCCAUCACAAGGUUUCCAUUGUUGGCCUACCGCCAUCGAUGCUGGCCUUGCUCUCGCCGGUGGACUUCAUAGAUACCAGGACUCAGGGUGGUUACAGCUACCUCCGUCGAUUGAUCUCCUGGGGCGAGCCUUGCCCUGCCGCAGUGGCAGAGCUUUGGGGAGCGCCGAAUCUGCCAUGGCGGUUCCUGGAUGUCCUGAUAUCCACAGAGUACUGGCUCUCGUUUGUUUCCUAUGAGCGAGAAGAUGGGCGAAGCCUCUUCAAGCCGGUGCCCGACGUAGAGGUUUUCCUGCGGCCGAUGGGUGAGGACUGCCAUCAUGCCGAGCUGUGCAUAUCUGGGCCAGGGGUUUGCAGGACAUUAGGUGCCGAGGCCGAGGCGUUUGUGGAGCACCAGAGACAAACCUUCUACCGCUCCGGAGACUUGGCGCAGUGGCAGAAGGAUGGCUUAGUCUUUGCGGGCCGUGGAGAUGAGCUGGUCAAGGUUUUCGGCAGGUGGGUUGACCUUUCUGAUGUCGCCCGGCAGCUGUCAGCAUUGCCGGGCGCUCUGGAGGCUGCGACGGUCACCGCCGAGGAGCACCAUGCUGCGGUGGUUAUGGCGCCCGGGUGGGAUGCAGAUGCCUUGGAGGCUGCAGCCACGAGGGUCCUGCCGAGUGGCGGUGUGCGCCUACACUUGCUUGAAGAGCCCUUGCCCAGGAAGCAAGACACACGCAAAGUGGACCGUUUCCAGCUGCUGCAGUAUCUCCGGCAAAGGAGCUCGCGCGCUGAUCAUGGCUCCAGGCGAGCUGAGUGCAAAGAGCCAAGGUCAGACCAGGCUCUCUUGGAUGCCAUUUCGGAGGUCCUGGGGCGCUCCGAGCCCGCGGCGCCCAGUCGCUCCUUCGCCUCGCUGGGGGGGGACUCCGUGGCGGCGCUGCGCGCCGCGGCGCGGGCGCGGAGCCGUGGGUUGGAUGUCUCUGCGCUAGACCUGCUGAGCGCUCCCAGCAUCAGCGCAGUGCAGUCGAAGGUGCUGGCUGAGCACCCAGCGAAGCGGCCGAGAGCGAGCAGUAGCAAGGAGCUCACCGUUGCCACCCAGCAGGAGCUUGGCGAUGAGUUCACCGACCAGGUUGGCCUGCCUUGGCGUGCUGCGGAGUCGACAUGGUUAUGCACGCCCUUUCAAGACCUGCUGCUCUUUGCCCUCGAAGCUGGGCAGGGACAGGCUGCAAGGGCCACGCCCGGCACGCUGCAGAGUUGCGCGCUGCUUGGGCAUGCCGUUUCGGUACGAGGCCUUCGUGCAGCCUGGUUUGGGGUGCAGCAGCGCUGCGCGGCGCUUCGGUCCUGCUUCCUGCGGGUACGAGGUCAGCACAUCCAGGUGGUGCUGCGCCCGAGCUGGUCGAAGGUGGAGAUGCGGAUUGCGCGGGAAGCCUGCGACGGCCAAGGUCUAAAGCAGCGGCUGAAGCGCUGGAUGCGGGAGGAUUUGCUGCUGUCCUUUCGCAGCUCAGAACCGCUGUGCCGCCUUUGCCUUCUUCAGGCAAACGGCACACAGCGUACUGCGCUGCUGCUGUCUGUGCACAACGCCAUUUGUGACGGCUGGUCUGCAAAUCUUUUGCUGCAGGACAUUCUCUCGCUUUCCAUUGGCCUGGAGGCACCAACACGACCAGCUCAGGUGCCUGACCCACAGGCCGAUGGAGGAUGGUGGCAGCGGACACUGGAGGGCUUCAGGCCCACUCCUCAAGCUGCCGCAGCCGUGUCCUUGAGCAGCCAGCGGAGGCUCGCCGUGGCUUGGGAGGGGUUGCGCCUGCGCUCGGCCGCCUGGCAAGUCACACCAGCAGCGCUUCUUCUGGCUGCAUGGUGUUUGGUCUGGUCCCGAAGCUUUGGAUGUCGGGACUUGGUCUUUGGUGCCGUCCUCUCCGGGCGCGAGGCUGUGGCUGAUGGCUUUGUCGGGUGCGCGGUAUCACUUUUGCCGUUGCGCUUGCGGCUGACGGACUCCUGGCAGACAUUGCUGAGCUUCACAGCUGAGGUACAGCGUUGCCUUGUAGCUCAUGCAGCUAUGUGCCCUGCGGCAUCGCUGACCCAGAUUCGCCAGUGGUGCGAUCUGCCCAGUGAGCAGCCACUCUUUGACUGCGCCUGGAUUUUUGAUCAGACACCACCACUACCCGACGACCUUGUGGAGAGAACCAAGUUUGAGCUGGUAUCCGAGUUUGAGGUGCCUGCAGCUGGCGAUGGAGCACAGUCUCCAGAGCUGCGGAUUACGAGGCGAGGUGAGAGCCUUGACGUUAGUCUGCGUGGCAGAGCCAAUGGUCAGCAAGGAGAUGGCGCCUUGUUGCUCUCGGAGUUGGAGGCUGUGCUUGCCCUUCUCAUGGAGGCAUCACAGCACACGGUGGAGCAUCUUUUGCAAGUGGUGCCGCUCCUGCCAUGUUGGACAUCUUCCUUGCCGGCCCAGACAGACGUCGAGGAGCUUGCAGCCUUCUGGGGGCAGCGCCUUCUAGGCCACGAGGCGACAGCGCUUCCACAUCCGUUGCAAGGCGGAAGAGGAGGCUGGCAGUCGGUGCCAGUUCUGCUGCCGCCAGAGAGCAGGGAAGCCAUCUUGGCGGCCUGGGCAUCUUCGUUGGGGAAGAUCUCUGGGCAGAAUGUGGUCUCAGUGGCAGUCCCGCUAGCAGCAACUUCGCCAGGUCUGGCAGCUGGACAGCCUGUGGGAUGGUUUCCUCUUGGAUGCAGGGGCCCACUGGCCGACAUGGAGCAGGACCUGAGCAGACAGAUCUUGGAGAUGGCGCCCUUGGCACAAGCACCGCGCUAUGUCUUGGAGAGGCUGCUGCGUCUUCCUUCCUGGACGCCUUCUGCGGCCUUCUUUGAGCUGGCAGGCGUGUCCCUGGACUCCAGCGAGUUGCAGCAGUGGGGGGAGACGGCGGGCAGAUGGCGAAGCCUUCAGCACAAAGACCUGGCCGGGGCAGAGCUGGUCCUGGUGCUUGGCAGGAGCUCCAGCUCCAAGCUGCCAGGGUUAGUGCUGUGGAACGAAGCUUCCGGGAUGAGCAAAGACAUGGUUCACAUCCUGAGAAGGCGGCUUUGUGCUACUCUCCGGGCCCGUGCAGUUCCAGAUCGCGUCCGGCAGCUCCACGAGCUGGGCGCGGCGGCCUCGCCGCCGCUGCACCGCGCGGGGCUUGUGGCGCUGCUACGGCAGCAGGCGCAGCGCACCCCGCAGGCCACGGCGCUGCAUGCGCCGAGGUGCCGCCUGAGCUACUCGCAGCUCUUGAGCUGCGCCGCUACGACCGCGGAGAGGCUCCGCGCCUGCUGUGCGCCAGUGACUGUCGGCGUGCUGGCGGAGCGUUCUCCAGCCGCGGUGGUAGGCCUUCUAGGAAGCUUGCUGGCUGGCUCUGCCUACUGUCCACUCAUCCCAUCUCACCCAGUGGAGCGCCUUGCAACGAUGCUGUCUAUAGCAGCACUUUCUGCUGUUCUCUUUCACCCGGAGUUGCAGAUUUUGGCUGAAACACUUUGCAAGGACAUCCCUCCAGUAUGCAUUCGCCUGGAUUCAUCCACGUGCAGGACCAUGCGUGCGGCAACAGAGUUGCCACUCUUCUCACGGGACGGCCCAGCUGGGGAAGCAAUGCAUGUACUUUUCACAUCAGGCUCUACCGGCACGCCAAAGGCAGUGCGAGCUUCGGAGCAGGCUGUCAUGACACAUCUCCUGCAUGUUGUUCGGAAUCAUCAAUUGCGGCCCACAGAUGUGGGUCUGCAGCACACGAGCCUCGCCUGGGUGGCCGCGGCCCCGGAGCUGUGGGCGCCGCUGCUGGUGGGCGCGCGGCUGGUGCUGCCGCCAGGAGCCAAAGACUUGGAGACCCUGGCCAAAUACGGCCAGAGAUGCACGUUGCAGCAAUAUGUUCCCUCAGUCCUUCAGGCGAUGCUUCAUGCCAACCUCAUGCCCAUCUCGAAUGCCUGCCGGCAGCUGGUACUGACAGGUGAGCCGCUGGCCACGGAGCUGUGCCGCCGCGUGCAGCGGCAUGGCCUGCAGCUGCGGAACCACUACGGGCAGACGGAGGCGGCUGACACCACCACGGUGCACGUCUUCCGCGGGCUGCCUGUGACCUCGGUGCCCCUUGGCCGGGCGGCCACACAGCGGCAGGUUUGGCUGCGGGCGCAAGUCACGGGUGAGAGUGUUUGCGGUGUAGGCGAGCCAGGCGAGCUGAUGGUCGGCGGCCCAGGGCUGCAUCUUUCACGAGAGCUUGAGGAGUCCCCUUUGGGUGCCGGGGCACAGCUGCCCAGUGGCGACCUUGCGCGCUGGGUGCCGUUGGGCGCUUCUCUGGAGCUCAUGUGCUUGGGCCGGAAGGACCGUCAGGUGAAGGUGCGAGGCCAUCGGAUCGAGCUGGCAGAGAUCGAGGCUGUCUUGCAGAGCGAGGCUGAGAAGCUCCUCGGCAAACCUUUGGAAGCCUUGGUAACCUUCGCUGCGCAGAGGCUCGUAGCAUACGUGCGACCGCCUCUCUCAACGGGUGACGCUCACGAGCUGCACAAUGCUUGUGGCAAGCGGCUUUUGGCUCAUGCUAUGCCGCAGGAGGUCAUCGGGGUGGUGAGCUGGCCCAGGACCGUCACCGGCAAGCUCGACCGCCAGGCCUUGCCACAACCGCAGCCGGAGGCGCCGGCAAAGGACAGCCGGCCUGCGGCUCCACAGGCCGCCUCAAGAUAUUUAGCGCGAGCGCCGCCUGCGCCGCCGCACCAGCUCCAGCAGAAAGGCUGGCAGCUACUCUACUGCCUGCUUGCCGGUGCUCUCUGCAGCCGAUUCAGCAUGUGGCGGAUGCUACUACUGCCUUUGGUGUGGACGAGCUGGCAGCAGCUGCUGGCUUCUCGCUCAUCUCCCAGCUUGUUUGCACAGCAUCUCAGCUCGCGAGUGCCCUUGUUGAGCACGAGCCUUUUGCUGGCUUUGCUGCCGGGGCGGCUCUUUGGUCUGGCGGCGGCCUUUGGCGGGUGGCGCCUUGGGCUGCGAGGCCUCGCACAGCCGGUGCUGUGGUGGCUGGGCGCCAGCUGCAUGGAGGGCCAACUGCGCCAGGAGUUCCACUGGUACGGCUGGUAUCUGCAUCCAACUCGUUGUGUGCAGUUGGCCGGGAUGAUUGCUCGCGGCUGCAAGGAUAUCCUUGGAGCCGCGGCAAGGGGCCAGAUGCCUCCGAAGCGGCCAGCGGAUUGGGAUUGGGAUGCGCCGGAGCGCCGGCCCCGGCGCCGCCCGCGCCUGGACUACGUUUGGGUGGAACCAAAGUCCGAGCCAGUGGCAUCAGCCGACCGAGCUGAUAGAAGCGGCAUGUCGCAGAUGCAACUAGAACUCUUGGAGCGACUGGAGGAGGAGGCGGGCCGGCCGCUGGAGCCAAGGUUGGCACUGGCCUCCGCCUUCGACUCUCUGCGACUCACUGCGCUGGUGGGGGCCUUGAGGAGAUCCUGCGCUCCCUUGACGUUGCGCGAAGCGCUGGCCUGUGACACCGUGGCGGAUUUUAUUCGCCUGCUGGCGGAUGCAAAGACGAGCACUUGCGACGACAACGCAAGGUCCACAUCACAAAUCGCAGAGCCGCAAGUGUUCAGAGUCAGGGAGUGGCCUUACAUGUUUUCACUAUCUGUGUGCUGGGCUUUGGAAACCCAUGAUCAUGUGGACAUGGCGGCACUACAACGGGCCUUGCGGUGCUUGGUCAUGAAGCACGGGGCUUUGACCAUGCAGCUAGCAGAUCCUCCGGCCUCAUGGGAUUUUGCAAUGGAAGCUGCGUCCAACUUGUCACUGGCUCGUUCCCUGUUGCGGAGGCACUUUGGAGUAAUUGGAGCGAAUGCGCGCAGGCACCCAGCGCUCAAGGUGCUGGACUUCGUGGGCUGGCUUCUAUGGGUUGCUUGGCCGCAGCUGCGGCCAGAGCAAGCCGAAGAAGUCCCCCUUGAUGUCAUUUCUUGUGAGAACCAGGAACAACUUGAGUGGAGGUCUGCUUGGCUCUUGGAUGGCAGAAACGCGAGAAGCUUUCUGGUCCAUCCUAUACACGCAGUUCUCCUGACGGACACCGGCAGGACAAUAAGUCGCCUUCAUUUGGCCGUUAGCCAUGGUCUUGCCGAUGGGUUUUCCGGGUUGCCCCUCCUGCAGGACUUUCUGCGCUUUUACCAAGAGGAGCUGAAACCAGAGAAGUCAGCGGACAGAUUUUCGGGGCUUGUGACGCAGGAGGCCAGAUUGCAGCGAGCGCUGGCGCCUGAUUGCAAGGAGCUUGAUGUUGCGGACAUCUCCAGCUGGGCCUUGCCAGGCACAACUGUGGAGGGCUUUGACCAUUUUGUUUGGUUGCAGCCGCCGUCCAUGAAGACCCUUCAGUCAAUUGUCGAGCAGCGAUGCUGGUGCUGCUCUCUGGAUGUGGCGCUGUUGGCUGUACUGGGAUGCGCCUUGUGGCGGCUGCAUCCAGAGACCGGGCUUCAUUUGCGUUUUGUGGCGUCGGCCAGAGAUCAAGGUGAUGAGGGCAGCAUCAUUGCAGACUUGGCCGAUGCGCGUGAUCUCGACUUCGCGUUUGACGAUCAAACCACCGUGGAAGAGGCAGCUCGCUCCAUUGCCCACUGCGUGCGCCACCGGCGCUGGGUGGUGCCCGAUCCCCUGGUAGGAAGUGAAGGUCGGGUGUACAUCAACGUCCGGCCGCUGCUGGACCUGCGAGGGAGAGAGCCGGAGGGGUCGGAGGGGUGGCGGCACAUCACGCAGUGGCCUCCUGUGAAGGGCGAGCGGAACUGGGACCGGCGGAAUGUGUACCAUGCGCUGUGGAUCAUGGCCGACCAGGUGUCAUCCUUGGAGUGGGUGCUUUGUUUGAAGGUGCGGAAAGACAAGCCGGAAGAUGCGAAGCUGGGCCCUUUGCUGCAAGAGGUCCUGGAUGACAUGGUUCUCAGACCCAACUGCGCAUUGCAAAAGAAUGACUUGUUGCGGCUUGCGUUCAGUCACCCGUGCUCUUCGAACGUUUGGGAGGUAUCUCGGAGUUCUUCUGCAGCCAGAGCAAGCAAUCUCAAAUAA